CCUUUGUUUCGAUUUUUCUUUCUGAUUACUCCCAAUUUACUUUUAUAUUUUCCCAUCCUUGGCUUGUGUGUCUCUCGUAUCCUUCAUACCCAAUUCGUGAGUGAGAGACUAUAGCAUCUUAUUACCCAUUGUCAAGGUUCGGUUCAAAACUUGUGAGGAUCGUCCCCUUUAAAUCCGACUAAGUCCACUCCACGGUUAAUAAUUUUUUUUAUUGGUUGGUUGACCACCCCUUUUCUAUCUUUUUCUUUGAAAGCAAGUAGUUGGCCGUUCACUUCAGAGCCUCUACCAUCAGCUAACGCGUCUCUGCGCAAGACACCAACCCCCCCUUCACUUUCCCCCCAUCCGCCCAAUUCUCAAAGAUGGACAAAUUUUUAAUGAGUUCUCCAGUGUUGUCCCACAUGGAAUAUGACCAGUCCACGCGUUCCAACAUCACAGACCUCUACGAGGGGUCCGGCUUGGGCCUCGGCUUUGUUCCCGAGACCAGGGCCACGUCCACAUCACCACCACCAGACCAUUCGCCCUUUGAACACUCGAGAAAUUUGUCACUUGCUCCGCCGCCAGCUUCUACAAAACAAGCAUCACGAGCUGCUAAGCAACAAGCCCGGAUUUCGGCGUCUUCGCUCUCAUCGCUCGAUUCCGUGCCCCAACUCUCGUCGUCCAUGUCUAACCAGUCUCUUUUGGACUCUCCAGCGUCGCUCUAUUACAACAAUACGGUCACACCACGUAAAGUGGGGCGCAAGAAGUCUCUUUCUCUUUCGUCGGCCAACAUAUACACGACUCCUCUGAGAGCCAAUUAUUCCCCCGCUGGGGCAAAUUCAGCCAAUGGAAUGGCCUCUGGAGCCCCUUCGGGAGCCAUCAACACCAACAAUUCGACCGGUGGAGGCAGUAAGAUUGGAAAGACCCCACACCGAGGACAUAGUAGAUCUCGGUCAAGACUAUCGCUCGAUGCCAUCAACACACCAUUUCUAUUGAAUGGUGCACCUGCAUUCACCACCUCCACCACCAACAACAACACCUCCUCCUCCUCCACCACCAACAACAACAAUAAUACCAACUCUAUUUCCACCUCACACAACUUCACAGCAAACCCAUUCUAUACCCCUUCCUCGUUCAACUCUCCGCGCUUGGACGAUCUUUCAGGAGACUUGGAGAACUUGGACACUCCAAUACCAACCCCCAGUGGAAGUUUUGUUAACCUUCCUAGUCAUAAUACAUUUUUAAGUCCAGCCAAAAAUUGGGUGCCUUCCAACGUUCAGUUUGUUUAUAAUAAGAGUGGCCAGCAACAGCAGCAACAACAGCAGCAAAAGCAGCAUCAGGCUCCACAUCUGGCCGAGGGAUAUGUCACACCCAUGGCGCUUCAAAGGCAUGAUACAUUGGACAGUAUCAAAAUUGAAGAUCAAGAUGAUGAUGCACUUAAACAACUCCGCCGAACCAAACAUCAACUGAACAGAUCAAGAUCCUUCACCAACACAAGUUUGCCCGGAUCUGCCACUACUGCCACAGCACCCAACACCACAGACAUGCUUUCAUUUGCAGCAGGUGGUGGAAGUAGUGGUAACAUGGUGAGUUCAGAAGAACUCUUUUUGGAUGUAGCCGAUCUUUCACUCAAGUUGACAUCACAAGAUUCGAAACAAGAGGUUGUAUCGGCACAUUCGACCCCUGGAGGCGCCAUGGGGAUGAACAACUCACCCACACACUCAUUCAAUUCUACGCUACAGAACUACCAAGGUGGGAACAAUAAUGCUACUUAUUCUGUCCCUACCCUGUCUGUAGCAUCAUUUGGGGAUUAUUCUGGCCACCAAUCGCAAUAUUCGUUCCGAAAUGGUAGCGGGAACAUUGGAGAAACCGGACUGGGGGGCAUGGCAAUUGAUUUACUUCUGCCUCAGUUUGCAACUCCAUACCCUGGUGAUGGGGCUACACCAACUUCUACGGAUGCAUCCUUCCCCAAGAGUUAUCCAACUUCGGUUGAUUUGGCUCUGAUUUCAAUGCAAUAUAAUCCUCAAGGAGCUGGAGGCACACUGGGCUCCAAUUCUACACAUUCAUACUCUAAAUCUACAUAUAUGGCACAACAAGCGAUGUCUACAACGUCGUCUGCGUCCACGCUUUUGCCACCCAUGGCAACGUUUUCCAUUGCCCACGAACAACAUCAACAUCAACAACUGCAACAAAAUACAAAUCAUCGACAGAUGGUGAAUUUACAUCCAAAUCCACAAUCAAAUUCUCAAUCACCAGACUCAUAUUUACAUUCAGAAUUACCAAAUAAUCAAGAAAUGAAAAAUCAACCACCACCAUUGAUUGAUCCAAAGAAAAAACAUCCAUGUCCACUUUGUGAUUCCCGGUUCCAAAGACCUGAACAUGUGAAAAGACAUAUGAAGAGUCAUUCAAAGGAAAAGCCGUUUGAAUGCGAUGAACCGGAAUGUCGCAAGAGGUUUAAUAGAAAGGACAAUUUGAAGGCUCAUUUGAAGAAAAUUCAUAAACGAGUUGAUUGAUAAAAAUACCAUAUAACAAUAUUAAAAUAAACGAAACUAAAUUAAACUAAACUAAACUAAAAACCGCCCUUAAUGGGCCCAUUCUGAGGACAAACUAAUAUCCGGAGGUGGGUGUGGUUUUCUCCAAAGUACAUAUAUAAACAUGCGCAUGUUUGGAACAACAGUUCAAAAAAAGUGAAUGGAUCUGAAACGUUUCAAAAGACUAAAUUCAAGCCGCACCAGGGAACAUUAUGCAAAGAGACGACGACAUUCUGAUAAAUGGAAGCCUCCAUCUAGAGAAUGCCAAGACAACCAUAGAACAUUUAGCGUGUCAACCACUUGAAAUUUUAACUAUUUCAUUCCUCUACUUUAUUCUUUCUCGUCUGAUGGGUUA